CCGUUUCCUCUCUCUCUCUCUCUCUCUCUCUCUCUCGGUGCGUAAACGCUCUCUCUUCUUCUUCGUCGCCGUUCUUCUCUGAAACCCUCGCCCCCUUCCUCGGCGUUCGUCUCUCUGUCCCUUUCUCGUAUCCUCUCGUCGUUGUUGUUGUUGUUGUUGUUGUUGUUCUUCUUCUUCUUCUUCUUCUUCUUCUUCUUGAUUGGGUUCAUGGAUUAGUUGAUUGGGUUUUUGGUUGUUGAUUUACAGGAGGUGGAGUGGAGGGGAUAGGUUGUCUGAGAGAAAAGGGGUGUUUGAGUAGGAGAAGGAGAGGAGAUGGGGUUGAUCUCAGGGAUGGUGAUGGGGACGUUGGUGGGGAUAGCGCUCGUCGCUGGGUGGAGCCGCAUGAUGAGGUACCGCAGCACCAAGCGCAUCACCAAGGCUGCUGAUAUAAAAUUACUAGGGUCUCUCACCAGAGAUGAUUUGAAAAAACUUUGCGGUGAUAAUUACCCUGAUUGGAUAUCUUUUCCUCAAUAUGAGCAGGUCAAGUGGCUGAACAAGCAACUGGCCAAACUUUGGCCUUUUAUUGCGGAAGCAGCGCAAGUUGUUGUUAAAGAAUCUGUAGAACCAUUACUGGAUGAUUACCGUCCAUCAGGAAUAUCAUCCCUUAAAUUCAGCAAAUUUUCCCUCGGAAAUGUGUCCCCAAAAAUUGAAGGCAUUCGAGUUCAGAGCCUCAAGGAAGGACAAAUAACAAUGGACAUUGACCUUCGUUGGGGUGGAGAUCCAAGCAUAAUUCUUGCAGUUGAAGCGCUAGUGGCUUCACUACCCAUUCAGUUGAAGGAUCUUCAAGUGUUUACUAUUAUACGGGUUAUUUUUCAACUUUCCGAAGAGAUUCCUUGCAUAUCUGCUGUUGUUGUUGCACUUCUUUCUGAGCCGAAGCCUAGAAUUGAUUAUACCUUGAAAGCUGUUGGAGGAAGCUUGACUGCUCUUCCUGGAAUUUCAGACAUGAUUGAUGAUACUGUCAAUUCAAUCAUUUCAGAUCAGCUUCAGUGGCCUCACAGGAUUGUUGUUCCACUUGGUGGACAAGCUGUGGACACAAGUGAGCUAGAGCUUAAACCACAGGGAAAGCUCUCUAUUGUUGUUGUGAAAGCAAAUGCUUUGAAGAACAUGGAAAUGAUUGGUAAAUCUGAUCCAUAUGUGGUUUUGUAUGUACGCCCCAUGUUCAAGGUUAAAACAAAAGUAGUAAAUAACAACCUCAAUCCUGUCUGGAAUGAAACUUUUGAGUUGAUUGCUGAUGAUCAGGAAACACAGUCUAUUGUUUUUGAGGUUUUCGAUGAGGACAACCUUGCAGAUGAUAAAAAAUUGGGUAUUGUAAAGUUGCCAUUGCAUGAAUUGGAGCCUGAAACUUCUAAAGAAUUUGAGUUGAGAUUGUUGCCAUCACUAGAUAUGUUGAAGAUUAAAGAUAAGAAGGAUCGAGGGACUUUGACAAUAAAGGUAUCAUACCAUUUAUUCACGAAAGAAGAGCAGCUGGCAGCACUGGAAGAAGAAAAGAGACUUUUAGAGGAGAGGAGAAGAUUGAAGCAAGCUGGGCUGAUUGGGAGCACAAUGGAUGCACUUGGUGGCGCAGCAUCCCUUGUCGGGUCAGGGGUCGGCAUGGUGGGCACAGGACUCGGUGCUGGUGUGGGGCUGGUUGGGUCAGGCAUUGGAGCGGGCGCGGGGUUGGUGGGGAGCGGAUUUGGAGCUGUGGGCUCUGGUCUGAGCAAAGCUGGGAAGUUUAUGGGUAAAAGCGUAACGGGACAGUUCAGCAGCAGUGGCAAAAAGAACGGAAACAACUCCGGUGUGGGUCAAUCUGAUGCAAAUGGAAGCUAAACUUAAGAAGACUGGGCAGCAAGGACUGUUUCAUCCAAUUCUUGUGUUUAUAUGUGACCAUGGUCAUGUCCAGAGAUUGAUUUGUGGUUUUCAGAUUGGUUUUAUUUGCCAGGCAUUUUUCUGUUCCUUUGAUAUACUGGUUUGAUCAGUUGUAUGGUUUCCAAAAAAAGAAAAAAUUUAGAGAAUUAAAGGGUAUUUUUAGUGUUGUUUGCA